AUGUCUCAAUGGCUCAAAGACCUAAAAAUGUCAUUGCCUAAAGCUCAAGACCACUGGUCUGAAGAGGACAUACUGAUGUUACUGGAAAGCACGGAGAAUAAACUCUCACCCAAUGACAAGCGAAAGUUCAAAACAACCCAGUCACGUAUGAACUGGGAAAAGGUAGCUUUUAGAGGUUUUACUGGAGAAAUGUGCAAAAGCAAAUGGUUAGAGGUUUCUUAUACUUUGAGGAAAUCUCGCACUUUGAAAGAAUUAGUCCUGGAAGCUCAGGAACGUGUUAAAAAACUCUCCAAAAACAAAAAAUUCAAGACACAUCCAGACUUCCCCAAGAAGCCCUUGACUACUUAUUUCCACUUCUUCAAGGAGAAGUGUUCCCAGUACUCCCAAAUGCACCCUGAGCUGAGCAACCAGGAGCUGACCAGGGUUCUAUCCAAGAAAUAUAAAGAGCUCCCAGAGAAGAUGAAACUAAAAUAUAUUCAUGAUUUCCAGAAGGAGAGACAGGAAUUUGAAGAAAAACUAGCUCAAUUCAAGAAAGACCACCCUGAUCUCAUCCAGAGCAGCAAGAGAUCUGUUGUCCCCAAGAGGCACCGAACUGAAACCCAAAAGAGUUCUCUGGGAAAUAGGAACAAAAUGGGGUCUUCUCUGGAGAAUGGUGACUUUUCCAAGCAGAUGAAAUUCCAUGGAGAGCCCGAGAAGCCCCCCAUGAAUGGAUACCACAAGUUCCACCAGGAUAUGUGGUUGAGUAGGGAGCUGCAAUAG